CCCGCGCACACGCUGCUCCGCUCCAGUUCACCAUGCAGCGCGUUGUGCUUUUCUCCGCGCUCCGGCACUCUGCCCUCACAGCCAGAGUCCACUCUGUCCGCCUUCUGCCGUCUGCAGCCAUGUCCACACUCCUCAUCAACCAGCCGAAAUACGCCUGGCUUAAAGAACUAGGCCUGAGCGAAGACAACAACGGUGUUUACAACGGGACCUGGGGAGGCACAGGAGAGGUGGUCACAUCAUAUUGUCCUGCUAACAAUGAGCCCAUUGCUAGAGUGCGACAGGCCACCAUGGCUGAAUAUGAGGAAACGGUGCAGAAGGCACGAGAAGCAUGGAAAGUGUGGACAGAUAUCCCUGCUCCAAAGAGAGGUGAGAUUGUGAGACAGAUAGGAGAUGCUCUGAGAAGGAAGAUCAAAGUGCUCGGCAGUCUGGUGUCUCUGGAGAUGGGGAAGAUUUAUGUAGAGGGAGUUGGUGAGGUGCAGGAGUAUGUUGACGUUUGUGACUACGCUGUUGGGCUUUCUCGCAUGAUUGGUGGCCCCGUUCUGCCCUCUGAAAGACCAGGUCAUGCCCUGAUUGAGCAGUGGAACCCUGUGGGUCUGGUGGGCAUCAUCACUGCCUUUAACUUCCCUGUAGCAGUGUAUGGCUGGAACAACGCUAUUGCGCUCAUCUGUGGCAACGUCUGCCUUUGGAAAGGCGCUCCAACCACACCUCUUACAAGUGUAGCAGUUACAAAGAUUGUUGCUGAAGUCCUGGAGCAGAAUAACCUCCCUGGUGCUAUCUGCUCUAUGACGUGUGGCGGGGCUGAUAUUGGUACGGCGAUAGCUAAAGAUGAGCGAGUGGACUUGGUGUCAUUCACUGGCAGCACUCAUGUGGGCAAACAGGUGGCUCUGAUGGUGCAGGAGAGGUUUGGUCGCCAGUUGCUAGAGCUGGGAGGGAACAAUGCCAUCAUUGUUUUUGAGGAUGCUGACUUGAACCUAGUGGUGCCUUCAGCUCUCUUUGCCUCUGUGGGGACUGCAGGCCAGCGCUGCACCACAACCAGGAGACUGAUGCUGCAUGAGAGUGUUCAUGAUGAGGUUGUGGAGAGAUUAGCGAAAGCCUACAAGCAAGUCCGCUUUGGAGACCCCUGGGACCCUAGUACUCUGUAUGGACCUCUUCACACCAAGCAAGCUGUUCAGCAGUACCUGGCUGCCAUAGAGCAGGCCAAGCAGCAAGGUGGCACUCUUGUGUGUGGAGGAAAGGUAAUGGAUCGCCCUGGUAACUAUGUGGAGCCCACCAUCUUCACUGGACUGGCACACGAUGCACCCAUUGUCCACACAGAGACCUUUGUGCCCAUUCUCUAUGUGAUCAAAUUCAAGACAGAGGAGGAGGCAUUUGCCUGGAAUAAUGAAGUCAAACAGGGCCUUUCCAGCAGCAUCUUCACAAAGGACAUGGGCAGAGUGUUCCGCUGGCUAGGACCCAAAGGCUCUGACUGUGGCAUCGUUAAUGUCAACAUUCCCACCAGUGGAGCUGAGAUUGGAGGAGCUUUUGGAGGGGAAAAGCACACAGGAGGUGGACGCGAAUCAGGCAGCGACUCAUGGAAGCAGUACAUGAGGAGGUCCACAUGCACCAUCAACUACAGCAAGGACCUUCCACUCGCACAAGGAAUCAAGUUUGAGUGAACGGUGGCUAAAGAAUGACUUAUCGGAACAGGAGUUUGAUAAACUAACAAAACACUACAACAGUUGUAGCUUUGCUUUUUCACUAAUCCAGAUUUUAUUCCAGAACUCUCAUCAGUAAAAAUAUAAGCAGUUAGCCUCAAGUAUCCACUUAUCCACUUGGAAGGUUCAGUUUGACAAGUCCGUUUUGAUUUUGUUGCUUUAAACGGUUAAGGGCUUAUUUGUUGUAUAGAAAAGGCCAUGUUAUACAAGAAAACUGGCCAGUUGAGUAUUGUGAACUGUUUUCUAAGCACUUAUCAUGCAGUGGUACCUUGAGAUAGCAGGUGCUCUUUUCAAAUAAAUCGUGCCUUUAUUUUUGAAGGACA